CAUCGCCACCACCACCCCGCCAAGCUCGUUUCGUUUCGUUGCUCCUCCCUCCUCCUCCUCCUCCCAUGGCCAAGCGCCUCUUCCACUCCUGCCGCUCGCCGACCGCCGCCGCCGCGGUCACCCCCGCGACCACCCUCCUCACCAGCGACCACCUGCCCGUCGUCCCGGCCCCUGCGGGCGCCGUGUGUAGCCCAUGCCGCGUCCCUCGGCGGCAGCCCCAGCCCCCGGCAGCCUGCGGCACCGAAGGCUGCGCUGUCGACUGCGGAGCUGAUGACCUCCAUCCGGCCCGUGGCACGCCGGCGUACCGCUGGCUGAAGAGCUCCCGCUGGCACGUCAUCGAGGCCGCCAACGCCAACACCUACGCCACCGACGGCGGCGAAGACACGCCUCGCCUCAAGAUCGACGCGCGGCGGCGGGUGCGGCGCUCUCGCCGACGCCGUAGGGUACUCCACCGGAGGGCCGCGAGCUGGUCGUCCAGCGACAGCGGAUGGUUCAGCAGCGACGACGACGAGCCGUACGCGUACAGCCGCAGCGGCGGCGGCUGCGGCGGGGCGGAGUCUUCGACGCUGGUGACGUCGACCACGACGGAGUCCUCGUCGACGGGCGCGAGCGCGAACAGCGCCAUCGCCGCGGGGGAGGAGGUCGCCAUGGCCGGGAGCUUCGCGGUGGUGAAGCGCUCCGAUGACCCCCGCGCCGACUUCCGGCAGUCCAUGGUGGACAUGGUGGCGGCGCGCUGCAUUUACGACGCCGACGGCCUCGAGCGCCUGCUCCGCUGCUUCCUGGCGCUGAACGACCGGCGCCACCGCCGCGACAUCGUGGCGGCAUUCGGCGACGUGUGGGAGGCCGUCUUCUCCAACCCGCCGUCCCACUCCCACGGCCCAUCAAGCUGCAAGGCUGCAGCCGUAUCUCAUCCGUAGAAGAACGUAGCUUUAUCAGUGGCAAACGUACUCUUGUUUUACUCUGUAAAAUGGGAUUAUAUGUACAUGUAGGCGUCUGUAAAUUACGUUUCUUAAUUGGGUUAACGGCUCCGGUUCCUUUCGGCCUCCUGCAUGCUAGUCUUUUCAGCUAUGGAAAUUGGUGUCACGACUAUCACGACUUACUCUGAUCUGAUGUGACGUGACCUGGUGUAAGUGAGUGAGUGUAUGGCACUAUUUCUCGAUGCCAAUCCAUCUGCACUCUCUCCUUUAUGUU